CAAUCAGAAAGCACGGAAACCAAUGGAGUUAAAUGGCGCAGUCGUGGCGCGGACCGCCACAGCCGAAGGCUCACCGCUGAUUGGCCGAAACGAUUUGACACCCCGUUUUACGGCUCAAGUGAUGCCGGUCACCUAUCGUAUCGUUAGAAAUUCGCAGCGUCAGCGGAUACUCGGCCUAGAUUGCGUAACGGCGCAUCUUCAUUCUGUGGCUAUUGAAAACCAUGAAAACGCUGUCAGCCUGCAUGAAACCAUGCGUGUCUCCCCUUCCAAGACUGAUCUCACCCACAUGCUGUGGCUGUGACAUUGCCCAAACUGGAUCACUCGCAACUUCACCUACUUGCUCAGCACUGGAUCGAACAGCGGCCAAGUCUGCGCAUCUGGCGUUAUAGUAUUCGAAAGCCAAGCUCGAAUCUCAAGGUCGUUACUAGACGCACUUCGACAGCUACCAUGGCUACUAUCAAGCGACACCACUCGCUUCUUCACCGACACCACAGCGACCGCUCAAAGGAACAAGUCGGGCCUCCGCCAAAUAUUUUCGAUGGAACAGAUGCCGUCAUUGCACACAAGAAAGUAGCAGUAUCUCGGGUAGUCGAAGCAUACGACGCACUACGAGCAGAGAACCGGAGCAACUCACCAACUGCGGAACAAUCGACACCUGAGGAUCCAUUCGCCUUUGAGUCAUUAGUCGUUUCACUUCCCAACGGUGAGGUCCGCACGUUCAAGUACUUCCUCCGCAAAUGGGACCACAACCAACAUCCAGACCCUGAGUUCGAAGAAGCAAUAUCAUCCUGGCGGCCACAGUUCGAAGAAGCAGCACUCAACCAUUUCUUCCGGCGAAUAGCCCUAUGGAACGAAUCUGAAGAGAUCAUGCUUGCGGCAAAGCAGCAGAAGGCGAUGAACCUGAAAAACGGGAGGAGGAGAGACCGAGCGACUUCGAUAAGCAAGAUGUGGUCGAAGGAACGAGGGCGGUCUACCGAACAUGAGGGGAGUCUGAGAGAUGAGCUAAAGCAGGUUACGACAAGGGAGGGACUGGCACAGCUACUCUGGACGCUCUUGAACGACCAGACGGACCCCUUGUGCCCCGAGCUGUUCGAGCUGUGUAAGGAAGCUGUGAAGGCCAAGUAUAGCAUUCAUACUAUUGGCGGAACGCAGUAGCUGCAUGGCUGGCAGCCUGCGCGGCUUUUUGUGGAGUAUGAUUUUGUACAUAGCAUAUGGGGGUGCUCAACCUAGACCAUGUUUGAGAGCUUAAAUACUGCAACGAGAUUAAUAGAACUGCAUCUUCCUUUGACAAGAGUGCUAUUGUUACGAGUGAAGCGAUUAUUA